UUCUUGACCUUUUCUAGAGUUCCGCGUCUUCCCUUAUAUAUAGAGUCUUCUCUUCUCUUCUCACUUUCAUUUGCAUUGCAACCAUUGUUUUUGUUUUACAAGGUUUGCAACUUUCUUAGUUCAAAAGAAACAUACCAAAUUGACAAACCCAAUUGAUUUUGUUUUGAUGAUGUUUCUUCCUAGAGCUGUUUCUGUUGUGACCAUUCUAGUUUUCACUCUUCUAUCCUAUGGAAAUGCAAUUAGAUCAUUGCCUAACAAGUUGGCAUGUGGUGGUGAUGAAGCACGCAUUGAAUUUGGCAUGUCUAUGCGAUUCUCAGAGGCACCGGAGUACCAAAAUGGACCCAAAUGUGCUGUCUUGGCCAGAAAUGGAAUGCUAUUGGCAUGUGACCCUUCAGUUGUUCAGAUAGCUAUGACUAUUGAUUUGGAGUACUUGAGAGGCACUGUUGCGGCUGUCCAUUCAGUUCUCAAACACAGUUCUUGUCCUGAAAAUGUUUUCUUUCACUUCAUUGCUUCUGAUUCCAGCUUGGUUGAUUUAGCUGAGCUUACUCGGAUUGUACAAUCCACAUUCCCUUCUUUGAGUUUCAAAGUUUACGUCUUCAAGGAAAGUAUAGUCAAUAAUCUAAUCUCUUCCUCAGUUCGCCAGGCUCUUGAGAACCGAUUAAACUAUGCAAGAAGCUACUUAGCUGAUAUGCUUGAGGCUUGUGUCAAACGUGUGAUCUAUCUAGACUCUGAUGUCAUUGUUGUGGAUGAUAUUCAAAAGCUAUGGAGCGUGUCUCUAUCUGGGUCAAGAACAAUUGGAGCUCCAGAGUAUUGUCAUGCAAACUUCACCAAGUACUUCUCAAAUGAAUUCUGGUCCGACCUUGAGUUUUCCGAGGUUUUUGCUGGGAAAAGACCGUGUUAUUUCAACACGGGUGUGAUGGUGAUGGAUUUGGUGAGGUGGAGAGAGGGAGACUACACAAGAAAGAUUGAGAAAUGGAUGGAAAUUCAAAAGGAGAGGAGGAUUUAUGAGUUGGGUUCUCUUCCACCGUUUAUGUUGGUAUUUGGUGGAGAUGUUGAGGCCAUUGAUCAUAGAUGGAACCAACAUGGGCUUGGUGGAGAUAAUGUGGUGAGUAAUUGUAGAUCUUUGCAUCCAGGUCCUGUGAGUUUGCUGCAUUGGAGUGGCAAGGGGAAGCCAUGGGCAAGACUUGAUGCGAGAAGGCCGUGCCCGGUUGAUUAUCUAUGGGCUCCUUAUGAUCUCUACAAACCCCAUGACCAACCACAUCACCACCACCACCGUUACAGGAAACAAAAACAACAGCAGUUGAUAUAUUCUUCUAGAGCAUUAUAAUUUGUAUGAUUCUUUUUUAUUCUUUCUACAGUUAGGAACAUUCAUUUAUGUGUAUAGAGAGAAAUACCAAAGCACAAAUUUUGCAAUGAAAUUGAUGGAAAUAUAGCAACUUUACAAUUAAAUGGAGUAGGCAGCUUCUCUUUUUGGUCAAA